AUGAAGGCCCAAUUGAGCUGUCUUCUGUUGUCAUAUACAACCUUCGGGUUGUCCGAAGCUCGUUCGUUAUGGUCUUCUGUCCCUGCAACGUUCGGUGACAGAAACGGAGACGGGUACAUUCUGAAGACCGGUUAUCCGGUUGGCAACGGCAAACUCGGUGCAAUCCCGUUCGGCCCUCCCGGAUCGGAAAAAGUCAAUCUCAACGUCGACUCUCUCUGGGCCGGAGGUCCGUUUGAAGCUUCGAACUACACAGGAGGCAAUCCAACAGAGCCGAAAUAUGGAGCUCUUCCAGAGAUUCGAGCCACGAUUUUCGAGAAUGGGACGGGAGAUGUUUCACCCUUACUUGGUGUAGGAAGCAGUUACGGUGGAAACCGUGUUCUAGCCAACCUCACCGUCGACAUCGAGGGCAUCAGCGAAUACAGCGACUACAGAAGAACACUCGACCUCAAGACCGGGGUUCACCACACCAAGUUCACGGCCAACCAGACAGGCUUCGAGAUAUCCCACUUCUGCUCGUACCCAGAUCAGGUCUGUGUGUACCACAUCGCUUCAGAAAAGAACUUGCCGGCUGUCAAGGUAGGGUACGAAAACACGCUGGUCGACCAGGACACCUUCGAGGUGAGCUGCGGCGAAGACAACGUCCGGUUCACCGGCGUCACUCAGCUCGGUCCUCCGGAGGGCAUGAAGUUCGACUCCAUUGCGAGGAUCGACAAGGGCGCGGCUACCACCUCUUGUGCGUGCGCAGGUGUGUUAAAGAUCACACCGGCAGAAGACCAAAAGAUCUUGACGAUUAUUAUCGGCGCUGAGACGAAUUAUGAUCAGAAGAAGGGCAAUGCCGAGAACAACUACUCUUUCAAGGGCGAAGAUCCUGGUCCGAUCGUCGAGAAGACAACAUCUGACGCCGUAACGAAGUCAUUCGACAAGAUCCUAGGAGACCACAUCGCCGACUAUCAGAGUCUCGAGGGUGCUUUUGAACUGAGCCUACCCGACACUCUCGGCUCUGAGGAAAAGGAAACCGGGAAACUGAUUUCGGACUACAUUUACACCGAUGGCGGAGACCCUUACUUGGAGGCUCUGCUGUUUGACUACUCCCGUCACCUCCUCAUCACGUCCUCUCGCGCGAAUUCUUUGCCUGCGAAUCUACAGGGGCGAUGGACCGAGCAACUCUGGCCAGCUUGGAGCGCGGACUACCACGCCAACAUCAACCUGCAGAUGAACUACUGGGCUGCCGACCAGACCGGUUUGGGCGAGACCCAGCACGCUCUCUGGGACUACAUGGAAGACACCUGGGUCCCGCGGGGAACCGAGACUGCGAAGCUGCUGUACAAUGCCGACGGCUGGGUAGUCCACAACGAGAUGAACACUUUUGGGCAUACUGCGAUGAAGGAGGGCGCAGAAUGGGCCAACUACCCCGCCGCUGCCGCUUGGAUGAUGCAGCACGUCUGGGAUAACUUCGAAUACACCCAAGAUCUCGACUGGUUCACGCGCCAAGGCUACCCACUCAUCAAAGGUGUCGCCGCCUUUUGGCUCUCCCAGCUGCAGGAAGACCUCUUCUUCAACGACGGCACGCUGGUCGUCAACCCCUGUAACAGUCCCGAGACCGGCCCGACAACCUUUGGCUGCACGCACUACCACCAGCAGAUCCACCAAGUCUUCGAAGCGGUCCUCCACGGCGCCACCUUCGUCUCCGAGCCCGACGCCGAGUUCCUCGAGAACGUGGCCUCCAGCAUGGAUCGUCUGGACAAGGGCGUCCACGUCGCGGAAUGGGGCGGCAUGAAGGAGUGGAAACUCCCGGACAGCUACGGGUACGACGGAAAGUCCACGCACCGCCACCUCUCGCACCUCACCGGCUGGUACCCCGGGUACUCCGUCUCGUCCUUCCUCGGCGGGUAUACCAACUCCACGAUCCAGUCUGUCGUGCGGGAGACGCUCAUCGCGCGGGGUAUGGGUAACGCUCAGGACGCGAACGCGGGUUGGGCUAAAGUGUGGCGGACGGCGUGCUGGGCGCGGCUUAACGAGACGGACAAGGCGUAUGAGCAGCUUCGGUAUGCGAUCGACGUCAACUUCGCGCCGAACGGAUUCAGCAUGUACUCGGGUUUGAACCAGCCGUUCCAAAUCGAUGCGAACUUUGGCUUGGGCGGCGCGGUGUUGAGUAUGCUGGUUGUCGAUCUGCCUUUGUCGUUUUCGUCGAGAGAUGCGUCUCGGACUGUGGUGCUGGGUCCCGCAAUCCCAAAAGCCUGGGGAGGUGGCAGCGUCAAGGGUCUGAGGAUCAGAGGCGGCGGUGCGGUCGACUUCAGUUGGGAUGAUGAAGGAUUGGUGACGGAGGCGGCUGUUAAGCAGGUCGGUAAUGCGCUUAGCAAGAGUAAGGUUCGCUUCGUAAAUGUUGCAGGAACCGAGUUAGCGGUUCUGUAA